AUGGCUCAGCUGACGGCAUUUGCAUGGGCUUUUUUUUCUUCUUCGGUACGUCCUCCUAGGCAGAGUAUGCAGACAUCAGCUGGCAGGGGUAGGGGAAGAUUUGGAGCUUCUGGUUCAGGAGGUCAGCAGAAUCGCAUAUAUGCUUUAUCGAGUCGUCAGGAUUUAGAGUCAUCUCCGGACGUGGUUACAGGUAUACUAUCCGUCUUUUCUAUCGAUAUGUAUGCCUUGAUAGAUCCUGGUUCUACAUUGUCGUAUAUCUCCCCCUUCGUUGCUAGUAAAUGGGAUAGAGAGCCUGAAUUGUUGCAUAAAUCUUUUAAGGUAUCUACGUCAAUGGGUGAGUCUGUUGUAGUUAGACGGGUAUAUCGAAGUUGUGACGUGAAGAUCAUGACCGCCAUACAUUGCUGGACAAAGAUUGUUUGUUUUAAUUUUCCAAGUGAGCCUAUUAUUAAAUGGAAAGGUGAUGCUGUAGCGCCUAAGGGAAAGUUUAUUUCUUACCUUAAAGCUCGAAGGAUGAUUUUGAAAGGUUACAUCUAUCAUUUGGUACGAGUGCAUGAUAUGGAGGUGAAAUCUCUAACUCUUCAAUCAGUUCCCGUCGUGAAUGAAUUUCCUGAUGAACUUCCUGAAUUGAAAGCCCAGUUGAAGGAUCUUCUGAAUAAGGGCUUUAUCAGGCCCAGCACAUCUCCAUGGGGUGCACCAGUCUUGUUUGUUCGUAAGAAGGAUGUAGCUUUCCUUGGGCAUAUCGUUUCCGAUGAAGGUAUUAAGGUAGAUGGUCAGAAAAUUGAAGUAGUACAAAACUGGCCUAGACCCACAACUCCUACGGAAGUUUGUUGUUUCUUGGGCUUAGCUGGUUAUUAUCGGAGAUGUGUUGAGAACUUCACUUCUAUUGCUGCUCCCAUGACAAAAUUGACACACAAAGCCGUUAAGUUCCAAUGGUCUGAUGCAUGUGAAAGGAGCUUUCAUGAGUUGAAGAAACGCUUAACAUCAGCACCUGUUCUAGUCCUGAAGGAUCUGAAGGUUAUGUGGUAUAUUGUGAUGCAUCGAGGGUUGGAUUGGGAUGUGUUCUAA